AUGGAACAUCCUUUAUGCUACCUUACUUUUGGCCCACCCGCGAUUCCUAAUAUUCCUCCUAACGCCCAAUGGUCACAGAAUGGAGUGACUGUUGCUGGAGGUCAUGGACUUGGCAGUGCUAGUGAUCAACUUUACUUUCCUAUGGGUCUCUUCGUUGAUGAAAAUCAAAAGGUGUUCAUCGUCGACAGCUAUAACCAACGUAUAGUUCAAUGGAACUUGAAUGAUACAAAUGGAAAAAUCGUUGCUGGUGGUCAUGGCAGUGGUAGUGGAUUAGAUCAAUUUGCUGAUCCAGCCGACAUAUUAUUAGAUAAAGAGACCAAUAGUUUCAUCAUAUGCGAUUGGGGUAAUCGACGAGUCGUAAAAUGGUCCCGUCUUAGUAAUGCCACCCAAGGUGAAAUUUUGAUCGAUAACGUCCAGUGUCGUGGAUUGGCCAUGGAUAAUCAGAGAUAUUUGUACGUCUCUGAAUACGGAAAACAUCAAGUAAGGCGAUACUCAUUGGACCAGAAGAGUUUCACCAUUGUAGCUGGUGGCAAUGGCCAAGGAACUGGUCUCAAUCAACUACAAUCGCCGAAAUAUCUCUUUGUCGAUCGACAACAAACUGUCUACGUAUCAGACACUAGCAACCAUCGUGUGAUGAAAUGGAAUAAAAGUGCAACAGAAGGAAUUGUUGUCGCUGGAGGUCAAGGUCGAGGAAGUAAUCUAACACAAUUUUCCUCUCCUCGAGGAGUAUUCGUUGACACAUAUGGUACUGUUUAUGUGGCAGACUAUGAAAAUCAUCGUGUAAUGCGUUGGUCUCAAGGUGCAACACAAGGUACUAUUAUUAUAGGCGGAAAUGGUGAAGGAAAACAUGAAAAUCAGUUGAAUCAUCCUGAAUGUUUGGCCUUCGAUCGCUACGGCAAUCUCUAUGUCUCAGACCAAAAUAAUCAACGUGUUCAAAACUUCACAAUUCAAUCAACCUGA